AUGAACGACUUCCGCCCAAGACUCCCGCUCAAUCCGUUCAACGACGGCUACAACCCAUGGCGGCUCAACAAGCAAUGUUUAGUACUUGACCCGACACCUUAUAUUGUCUUGUUCAUCGGAGAUCCCCUCCAAGCAGACAUCCUCCCUCUGCUUCACUCUCCACGUCUAUCUCACUCUCUCAUCCUCAUAGCAACACAUACACCUCCGUCUUUGCCUCUGAUACGCACAGGUCCCUCAGUUUGCAUCCUACGCCUCGCACAACCUCUCGCAGUGCACGACUCUGGUGCGCUCCGUCUCGCCUCUCUCCUCGACCGUGCACAGCGUAUAGCCGCGGCCCAUCCAAAUUCUAGCUCGCCACGCCUCAUCCAGUUGGCAGAAGACGGCCAUAAUGGCCCCUUCACCAUUCUAGAACCCUACGUUGCUGCGGAGCAUCCAUCAUCAUCAUCUCAUGUCUCAUCCCCCUUCUCCUCGCCCCAUGAACCUUCUCCUGCCCCUUCCAUUGCUUCAGAAGCUUCUUCUUCACAAGCUUUCUUUCGCUCCCACUCCCCUUCCAAACGCCGCCACGCCAAGCCUUCGAAAAAAAUCAAUAUCACCCGUCGUCCAUUCGACGCGAUCAUUAAUUGCCUUCCUUCAGGCCUCGUAGAAAAAGCUCUCCUAAAACACGCCAUCCUCGUCACAACCCUCACCGCUCCCUUUCUCAUCACCCCACCCUCCUUUGAUGACCACAACACGCGCUCUUCCUCCUCCUUUUUCCGCUCGACACCCGACUUGGAAGCUCACAUGCCGACGUCGGCAAAUGUGUCAGCUCACAUCGUUCACGUACUCCCUCGCGGCUUCUCCCUGACGUCAACGUCAACGUCAACCCAAGGUGCCAGUGCCGCCUUCGGAUCAUCAUCCAGUGCAGGGUCUUCACGCCCUAACAUCCCGUUGCCGCCUAAAAAUCCGCUCCGGCAGCCGUCUGCGAAAGAAAAGCAGAACGAGGUAAAGCCGAAAUUGGUGCAGAGCAUUGAACAGUUUUUGUUGGCUUUUGGGUACCCUUUACAUUCCAUCUCGUCGGCUCCGGAGGACAGGAAGGGGAAGAAGAAGAUUGUGGAUGGGGAUGCCCGUCCAGGCAUCCGACAUGCGACUAGUUUUGGAGACCAGCAAGCAAAGAGGGAGAUUCCCGUGCCGUACCUCGUCGCUGCUGGCCUAUUGGGAUACGUCUUGCGUCUCGAUGGCGCUGGCACCCAAGCAAGUCUUGGAGAAGCUCUUUUGUUAGGAGCGUUGGAUCCCGUUGACGAUUUUGGAGGCGGAGGGAAAGCGUGGAUUGGGAAUGGGGGUGAGGUGCUUGUGGAAGGUGAUGAUUCUGCGGAUGAUUCAGAUGCUCAGGUGGUGUUGACCCUUCCUCCACCUGUACGCACGAAAUCGAGCCGAAGAAAACCGGAGAGGAGGAGGAUGAUGUCUGAUCAUGAUAAAGAGGUGGGGAUAGGUGUGAAUGGGCUGCCUACGCCCCCGGAAAGCGCUGAAGGCUCGAGUAGGAGUAAUUCGAGCGUGGAGAGUGGUUUUACGAGCCCAUCGGAUGAGGAUGAGGCGGAGGUGCAGCAGAGGAGGUUGGGUCGUAGUACUAGUGGAAGACGAGGUGGUAGUGGUGGUGGGGUAAAAGAAAGAUGGGCACGAGUUGGACGGCGUUCAUCCAAAACACGACGGAGCGCCCAUGGACAACACGCACCGAACGCGCCAUCGCAAUUCCAGGGACGUGCAUCUGGUCUUGGCCUUCCAGGGGUGCCUGGUCGAUCGAAGGAACGUGAUGGCGACGAUUCCUCAGAGGCUUUGCAUAAGCGAAAGCCGUCGUUGAAGAAGCGGAAUGCGCUGGGUGCGUUGUUGAAUUCGCAGGGGCUGGGUCAUUUGAAGUUUUGGAGUCGGAGGGAGGUGGAGUGCGUUAAAUGA